CCUAGAAGCAUUUCGCGGCGCGCAGAAAAGACAGCGUUGACCCUCUUCCAAAAAAGUGCAAGUGCAAGUGCCUGAGUACCAGCUAAUCUCGCCAACACCAAGAACCGCCGCUGCGCUCCACGAAUAGACACAUCGGGGACGGGAAAAUCACGACAAAUCCGGCAAGAUGUUGUUCGAAGAAAUGAGAUACAUCCAUGAGGAUCUCGAGCGCCUCGAGCAGGGCAUCUCGGAUCGCAUGGCGGAGGAACCCAAGCACAUUCGCGACCGCCUCAACCGAGACCACGAGGUUGCCCAGCUCCUCGAGCAAAUCCAGAAACAGUCCGCCGAACUUUUACCAUUCUACGAGGAUAAGUCGGGAGAUCGUUCAAAGGAGAUCCUCCAGAUAAGCUCGGGCGAUCCAUUUGACGAGUUCACUCGGCAGGUGGCCGGUAUCAGAGAACACCACGCGCGAUACCCGAACGAGCAGGCCGAGAAUUCGGAGCAAUGGUACCGGCCACACAAGGGCGGCGACGACCAGCCACUUCUUGUCGAGAGCAUGUUCUCUGGCGAAGAAGCAUACGGUCGUUAUUUUGACCUCCUCGGCUCCCACGAGUCGUACCUCAAUCUACCGAACGUCAAGCGACUCGCCUACAUGCAGUACUUGGACGUCUUUGACAACUUUCAGUCUGGAUAUGGUGGUGUCAAGCGAGUCGACAAACUGACUGACCAGUACUUCAAAUACCUUGGCGACCUGAUGGGCUACUUCGAGUCGUUCAUGCGGCGUACGCGGCCCUUGGAGAACCUGGACAAGGUGUUCAGCGGCUGGGAGAAGGAAUUUGAAACGGCAUGGGACCAGGAUGAAGUUCCGGGGUGGGAGAGAGAGAAGGCAUCCGCCAAGAAAGCCACUUCAGCCCGAACAACGACAACACCUGAAGCGGUGUGGUGCGAGGCCUGCGAGAAAGAGUUCAAGAACGAGAACGUUUACAACGGGCAUCUCAGCGGUCGCAAACACAUCAAAGCGGCCGAGCUGCUUGCGCCAAAGAGUGGCCCCGACGAGACUAACGGAGGCCACAUAUCCCUCGCAUUUCGUCUGAGAGAGCGAGCUGUUGCUGACAGGGAGUUUCGAAUCAAGAAACUAACUGCAGCGAUGAGCACCGAGAGAGAUGAUACUCGGGUCAAUGUGGAGCGUCGACAAGGCAUGACAGAACGAGAGCGUGCACAAGAGCUCGAGAAUCUCUUUAACUUGACGGCAGACCAGCAAAAUAACGCCGCCGAAGAGGAGGAGGAGGACGGCGGUGACGAUAAGGUUUACAACCCCCUCAAGCUGCCGCUUGCCUGGGACGGCAAGCCCAUCCCCUUUUGGCUGUACAGACUGCAUGGCCUGGGCCAAGAGUUCCCUUGCGAGAUUUGCGGCAACUUUGUUUACCGUGGACGGCGAGCGUUUGACAAGCACUUCAACGAGACGAACCAUAUCACGAACCUCAAGCGCCUGGGUAUUACCAAUACCCAUCUGUUCCGAGACAUCACCUCCAUCGAAGAGGCUGUGAGACUCUGGGACAAGAUCCAGCGGGAUCAAAAGAAGACCACGCUGGAUGAUGGCGCCAUUGUCCAGAUGGAGGACGCCGAGGGUAAUGUCAUGCCCGAGAAGGUCUACCUGGAUCUCCAGAAGCAGGGCCUGCUCUAAGUCCAUACCUUGAUGUAUAUUUGUUUGUACGGAUGCCUGUGUAACCAUUUCGCAUGGAGGAUGGCGAGGACAGCGUGAUGACAAGGAAUUUACCUGGAUUGGAAGAGGCAGGGCCAGAUACGAGCCUGCGUCUUCGGCGCCGGGUAGACAGUUUGUUUUGAUGGAGUAAUGUAUAUAAGGAUAACCCAAAAGCGUGUUACAGAUACCCAGGUGUAGCUGGUCUGGAGAAGGUGGCUUGCGGCAGUUCAGAUGCCUGAGAACUGUGCAGACAGAUCAAUGAGGAAUCAUGAAGCCAGAAUUCUCGUGAAUAUUUAAUGUGGCGAAA